AGUUCACCCAUACUAUUCCAGCAGUUUAUGGACCGGGUUUCUGGGUUAAUGUGUAUCUCGCGUAACGUGAAGGAACUGAGAUCGUUCUUCGGUUCGGUUACGUAUUUGAAGAAACAUAUUCCCGGGUUUGCGGGCAAGGUCGGCGGUAUGACAAACUUGCUGCAGAAGAAUGUGGAGAUCGUGUGGAACGAAGAAGGUGAGCAGGAGUUUGAAGGACUGAAAAGGGCAGUGGCUGAAUGUGCACUACUCGCCGCUCCGAAGGGCACCGGGGAGUGUUCCGAUCGAAUUCGGAAGCAAUAA